AAUAGAUUAAUAUUAUAUCUAGUAGUAGCCUCUCUCUAUAUAUAGAGUGCUGUUGCCUUUUAGUAGAAGCUAUAUAUUGGAUUAUGUAUAUAUGACCUGCGGAAGGUAUAUAACAACUGCAGACAACAGCUAGCUAACCCUCCCUCUUGCAAAAUCUUUUGCCUUUUCGAUCAUUUACCUACUGCCUGUCCUAUCCCAGCCCUUCUUCUUCCCCAUUAAGCACAUACACUUUUGUAUCAGAUGGAGGAGAAGAAAGCUACAAUGAAAUCAAGAUUUAAAAGGGUGUGUGUAUUCUGUGGAAGCAGCACAGGGAAGAAGGACUGCUACAGAGACGCCGCUCUUGAAUUAGGCCAAGAAUUGGUAUCAAGGAAUAUAGAUCUAGUGUAUGGAGGGGGCAGCGUAGGGUUGAUGGGACUGAUUUCAAAGGAGGUCCAUAAUGGAGGUCGACAUGUUUUAGGAAUCAUUCCCAGAACAUUAAUGUCCAAGGAGAUAACAGGGGAAACAGUCGGCGAGGUGCGUCCCGUAGCUGACAUGCACCAAAGGAAAGCAGAAAUGGCCCGCCACUCUGAUUGCUUCAUUGCUCUUCCAGGUGGGUAUGGCACCAUGGAAGAGCUACUUGAAGUGAUUACUUGGGCUCAGCUUGGCAUUCACAACAAGCCAAUAGGAUUGCUGAAUGUGGAAGGGUACUACAACGGCUUACUGAGCUUCAUAGACAAGGCAGUGAACGACGGCUUCAUCCACUCUUCUCAGCGUCACAUUAUUGUCUCUGCACCGACUCCCAAACAGCUCCUCCGGAAACUUGAGGCUUACGUUCCUCUGCAUGACGGAUUGGUGGCUAAGGCUCGUUGGGAGGUAGAACAAGUGGAUCUCAACCCUCCCCUUCACUCUGAGAUUGCUUGUUAAUCAAAUGAUUACCAAUGCAUCUCACAAAAGUAUCAGUCUCUUAACUCUGCCUCCCUUCCUUCAUAGGGCAAUCUGUUUAUGUUCCCUUAAUUGUGUACGGAUAUGUAUGUGUAUAUAUAUAUAUGUUGCAAUCAUCAUCAACUUGAUUUCA